AUGUCCUCCUUCCAUCGACCACUUCUCCAACUGAUUCCUCUGUGGAUUCAAGUACACCAGCUAGCUCCAGCACCAGAGAGGAAAACCACCACGUCUUCAAUCUACCCCAGCUCUUCCACAGACUCUCCAACUUACAACACCUCCUCUAUGGAAUCGACCACGCCCUACGUCCCCACAACCAGUUCUCACACUGAUUCCUCUGUGGAUUCAACUACUCCAACUAGCUCCAGCACCAGUGAGGAAACAACCACCUCUUCUGUGGAUUCAACCACUUCACCUAGCUCCAGCACCAGUGAGAUAACAACCACGUCUUCAAUACUCACUCCUUCAUUCCACAGACUCUCCCGCUUAUACCACCUCCUCUAUGGAAUCAAGUACCUCUUCAAGUAUGGACACAACCACUUCUUCAACUUUUUCCACAUCAUCUUUGGAUUCCACCACUCCUCCAACUUACCUCACCUCAACUACCACACUGAGGAAUCCAGCUCCUCUACUGACUCAAGUUCUUCCACAGGCUCAGAAACCUCUUCAGGUUACUCCUCAUCCAGCUCCUCUUUGGACUCCAGCACCAGUGAUGAAACAACUACAUCUCCAAUCUACUCCAGCUCUUCCACAGACUCUCCAACUUACUCCAGCUCCUCUAUGGAAUCAACUACCUCUUCAAGUACGGACACAACCCCUUCUUCAAGCUUUUCCACAUCAUCCUUGGAUUCCACCACUUCUCCAACUGACAUCACCUCAACUACCACCACUGAGGACUCCAGCUCCUCUACUUACUCAAGCUCUUCCCUCUUCUUCAGGCUACUCCUCGUCCAGCUCCUCUUUGGAGCCCACCAUUUCUUCUACUUUCCCAAGCUCCUCUAUGGGGAAUCAACCACCUCGUCAAAUGCGGACACAACCACUUCUUCAAGUUUGUUCACAUCCUCCUUGGAGUCGACCACUUCUCCGACUGACAUCACCUCAACUACCACCACUGAGGACUCCACCUCGUCUACUUACUCGAGCUCUUCCAUAGAAACCUCUUCAACCUCCAGCACCAGUGAGGAAGCCACCAUGUCUUCAAUCUACUCCAGCUUUUCCACAGACUCUCCAACUUACUUUACCACAACAUCCUUGGAUUCCACCACUUCUCCAACUUACCUCCCCUCAACUACCACCACUGACGAUUCCACCUCCUCUACUUACUCAAGCUCUCCCACAGAAACCUCUUCAACUUACACCAGCUCCUCUCUGGAGCCCACCAUUUCUUCUACUUUUCCAAGCUCCUCCAUGGAUUCAACCUUCCAGUCGACCACUCUCUCAACUGAUUCCUCUCUCCUCUAUGGAAUCAACUACCUCUUCAAGGACGGACACAACACUUCUUCAAGCUCUUCCACAUCAUCCUUGGAUUCGACCACUUCUCCAACUUACCUCACCUCAACUACCACUACUGAGGACUCCACCUCCUCUACUUACUCACACUCUUCCAUAGAAACCUCUUUAACUUCUACCAGCUCUUCUUCAGGCUACUCCUCAUCCAGCUCCUCUUUGGAGCCCAUCAGUUCUUCUACUAUCCCAAGCUCCUCUAUGGAUUCAAACCAUACUCUCCAACUUACAACACCUCCUCUAUGGAAUCGACCACCUCUUCAAGUACGGACACAACCUCUUCAGGCUACUCUUCAUCCAGCUCAUCUUUGGAGCCCACCAGUUCUACCUUGCCAAGCUCCUCUAUGGAUUCAACCAACGCCCUACGUCCCCACAACCAGUUCUCACACUGAUUCCUCUGUGGAUUCAACUACUCCAACUAGCUCCAGCACCAGUGAGGAAACAACCACCUCUUCUGUGGAUUCAACCACUUCACCUAGCUCCAGCACCAGUGAGAUAACAACCACGUCUUCAAUCUACUCCAUUUCUUCCACAGACUCUCCCGCUUAUACCACCUCCUCUAUGGAAUCAAGUACCUCUUCAAGUAUGGACACAACCACUUCUUCAACUUUUUCCACAUCAUCUUUGGAUUCCACCACUCCUCCAACUUACCUCACCUCAACUACCACCACUGAGGAAUCCAGCUCCUCUACUGACUCAAGUUCUUCCACAGGCUCAGAAACCUCUUCAACAUACACUAACCCUUCUUCAGGUUACUCCUCAUCCAGCUCCUCUUUGGACUCCAGCACCAGUGAUGAAACAACUACAUCUCCAAUCUACUCCAGCUCUUCCACAGACUCUCCAACUUACUCCAGCUCCUCUAUGGAAUCAACUACCUCUUCAAGUACGGACACAACCCCUUCUUCAAGCUUUUCCACAUCAUCCUUGGAUUCCACCACUUCUCCAACUGACAUCACCUCAACUACACCACUGAGGACUCCAGCUCCCUACUUACCAAUGGACCACCAUUCUAACCUUGCCAUCCCCUCUAUGGAUUCAACCCGCUACUCUCCCCACACCAGUUCUCCACUGAUUCCCUUGCAAUCAUCAACUACUCCAGCACCAGUGAGUAUGGACAACCACUUCUUCAACUUUUUCCACAUCAUCUUUGGAUUCCACACCUCUCAACUUACCUCACCUCAACUACCACCACUGAGGAAUCCAGCCUUCCUCUCUGACUCAAAGUUCUUCAACAGGCCAAAACCUCUUCAACUCACUAACCCUUCUUCAGACUCUCCAACUUACUCCAGCUCCUUAUCCAACUACCUCUUCAACUACGGACACAACCCCUUCUUCAAGCUUUUCCACAUCUCCUUGGAUUCCACCACUUCUCCAACUGACAUCACCUCAACUCACCACUGA